AUGAUGAAGAUACUCAUUCUCGGAGGCACCAGUUUCGUCGGUCGCCACGUCGCAGAGGAAGCCCUCAGGAGGGGUCACGAUGUGACGGUCUUCAACCGCGGCCUCUCGGCCGCACCCGAUGGCGCCGCGGCCAUUGUCGGCGAUCGUUUGGCCAAAGGGGGAUACGCGAACCUCGACGGCCAUUCCUUCGACGCCGUUGUCGAUACCUGGGCGACUGACCCGGCAGCCGUCGAGUCGGCCGUGGCGGCUCUCCGCGGCCGGGUCAAGCAUUACAUCUACGUCUCGACCAUAAGCGUGUACAACUUUGAAGGCGCCCCGCGGCCUUUCGCGGAGAGCACGCCGCUGUUUGACCCCGAAAAGACAGAGGUGCAGUACUUCAAGGACAAGGUGCGCGGGGAGCGCUUCGCCCUGCAGUCGGGCGUUCCGACCGCGCUGAUCCGGCCCGGCGUCAUCCUCGGGCCGUUUGAGAACAUCUGGCGGCUUCCGUGGUGGCUCACCCGCAUGGCCAGGGGGGGCAAGACGCUCGCGCCCGGGCCAAGGGACAUGCAGCUGCAGUUCAUCGACGCGAGGGACCUGGCCCGCUUCGUCGUCGUCGACGUCGCGGAGCGGAGACUCGACGGCGCCUACAACCUCGUCUCCGAGAUGGCGCACAUCUCCAUGGGCGACUUCCUCGAGACGGCCAACAGCGUUGCCGGCGGCGGAAAGGCGGAGCUGUGCUGGCUGGGCAUGGACAAGGUCAAGGAGGCCGGCAUCGGGGACUGGGUCGAGAUGCCCAUGUGGGUUGCGCGGCCCGAGGCCAAGGACCGCCCCGCGUACCAGGUGGACGUGAGCAGGGCGAUGGAGGCGGGCUUGAAGAUUCGCCCGGCGAAGGAGACGAUUGCGGAUACGUGGGAGUGGUUAAAGUCCCUGGACGACGACGGGUUGCCUGCGGGUAUCAAGGUCGGGCUGGAUCCGGACAAGGAGAAGCGGGCACUUGACACGUAUUGCACUCUGUGA